AUGGAGGUGGAUGCAGACGAGAAGCGCCAUCGCACACGCUCCAAAGGUGUUCGAGUUCCCGUGGAACCAGCCAUACAAGAGCUGUUCAGCUGUCCCACGCCUGGCUGUGAUGGCAGUGGUCAUGUUAGUGGCAAAUAUGCAAGACACAGAAGUGUUUAUGGCUGUCCAUUGGCAAAAAAAAGAAAAACACAAGAUAAGCAACCCCAAGAACCAGCCCCCAAAAGAAAACCCUUUGUGGUUAAAGCAGAUAACUCUUCAGUAGAUGAGUGCUAUGAAACUGAUGGAACAGAGGAAAUGGAUGAAAAGGAAGAGGAAGAAGAGGAAGAGGAUGAAGAAGAGGAGGAAUAUUCUGAUGAUAAUGAGGAGCAAGGUGACGAGGAGGAGGAUGAUGAGGAGAUAGAUCGAGAAGAAGAAGAGGAGAUUGAGGAGGAAGAAGAGGAGGAUGAAGAGGAAGGUGAAGAUGUGGAGGAUGAAGAGGAGGAGGAAGAAGAAGAGGAGGAAGAAGAGGAGGAGGAGGAAGAACAAGACCAUCAAAUGAAUUGUCACAAUACUCGAAUAAUGCAAGACACAGAAAAAGACGAUAACAAUAAUGAUGAGUAUGAUAAUUACGAUGAACUGGUGGCCAAGUCAUUGUUAAAUCUUGGCAAAAUUGCAGAGGAUGCAGCAUACAGAGCCAGGACAGAAUCAGAAAUGAACAGCAAUACAUCUAAUAGUCUGGAAGAUGAUAGUGACAAAAAUGAAAAUAUCGGUCGGAAAAGUGAGCUGAGUUUAGAUUUAGACAGUGACGUUGUUAGGGAAACAGUGGACUCCCUUAAAUUAUUAGCACAAGGACAUGGUGUAGUGCUUUCAGAAAAUAUUAAUGACAGAAAUUAUGCAGACAAUACUUCACAGCAAGACAAUAGGAAUAUGAACUUUGUAAUGCUAGGGAAGCCUGUGAACAAUGGACUUACAGAAAAAAUAGUGGAGGAGAGUGAUGAAGAGGUGUGUCUCAGCAGUUUGGAGUGCUUAAGGAACCAGUGUUUUGAUCUGGCUAGGAAACUCAGUGAGACAAACCCACAGGAAAGAAAUCAACAGCAAAACAUGAACACUCGUCAGCAUGUCAGGCAAGAAGAUGACUUCCAAGGAAGAACACCAGACCGGAAUUACUCUGAUAUGAUGAACCUAAUGAGGCUUGAAGAACAGUUGAGCCCCAGAUCUAGGACUUUUUCUAGCUGUGCCAAGGAGGAUGGUUGUCAUGAAAGAGACGAUGAUACCACCUCUAUUACUUCAGAUAGGUCUGAAGAAGUGUUUGAUAUGACAAAAGGUAACUUAACCCUGCUUGAGAAAGCAAUUGCUUUGGAAACUGAGAGAGCAAAAGCCAUGAGAGAAAAAAUGGCAGUGGAAGCUGGAAGGAGGGAUAAUAUGAGAUCAUUUGAGGAACAGUCUCCAAGACACCUUUCUGGAGAUGACAGGAAGCCUAAACCAAGUGACGGCCAUGUCAAAAAGCCAUAUUAUGGUAAAGAUCCCUCAAGAACAGAAAAGAAAGAGAGCAAAUGUCCUACCCCUGGGUGUGAUGGAACUGGCCAUGUAACGGGGCUUUACCCCCAUCACCGCAGUUUGUCAGGAUGCCCACACAAAGAUAGGGUCCCUCCAGAAAUUCUUGCCAUGCAUGAAAAUGUUCUUAAGUGUCCUACACCAGGCUGCACAGGCCGGGGCCACGUAAAUAGCAACAGGAAUUCCCACCGAAGCCUCUCUGGAUGUCCUAUUGCUGCAGCAGAGAAACUGGCUAAAGCUCAAGAGAAGCAUCAGAACUGUGAUGUGUCAAAAUCAAACCAGGCAUCAGAUCGGGUUUUAAGGCCCAUGUGCUUUGUUAAGCAAUUGGAGAUCCCUCAGUAUGGCUACAGAAACAAUGUCCCCACCACCACACCCCGCUCCAACUUGGCCAAGGAACUAGAGAAAUACUCUAAGACUUCGUUUGAAUAUAACAGUUAUGACAACCAUGCCUAUGGCAAGAGAGCCAUAGCUCCCAAGGUGCAAUCCAGGGAUAUAUCCCCCAAAGGAUAUGAUGCUAAACGCUACUGUAAGAAUUCAAGUCCAACCAGCAGCACAACAAGCAGUUAUGCCCCUAGCAGCAGCAGCAAUAUGAGUUGUGGUGGAGGCAGCAGUGCCAGCAGUACCUGCAGCAAGAGCAGCUUUGACUAUACUCAUGACAUGGAGGCAGCACACAUGGCUGCUACUGCUAUUCUGAAUCUCUCCACCCGCUGCAGGGAGAUGCCUCAGAACCUCUCCACUAAGCCUCAGGAUCUCUGUGCAAGGAAUCCUGAUAUGGAAGUCGAUGAAAAUGGGACGUUGGAUCUGAGCAUGAACAAGCAGAGGCAGCGAGAUGGUUGCUGCACCAUUUUGACCCCACUGGAGCCAAUGUCCCCACAACGACAAGCUGUGAUGAACAACCGGUGUUACCAACUGAACGAGGGUGACUGCUGGGACUUGCCAGUGGACUACACUAAAAUGAAGCCAAGUAGGAUAGAUGAAGAUGAUUCCAAAGAGAUUAAUCCGGAAGAUUUGGAUCCUUUCCAAGAGGCACUUGAAGAAAGAAGGUAUCCUGGUGAAGUUACAAUCCCAAGUCCUAAACCCAAAUACCCUCAAUGCAAAGAGAGCAAAAAGGAUUUAAUAACUUUAUCUGGCUGUCCCUUGGCUGACAAAAGCAUUCGGAGUAUGCUGGCCACAAGCUCACAAGAACUCAAGUGUCCCACCCCUGGGUGUGAUGGCUCUGGGCAUAUUACUGGAAAUUAUGCUUCUCAUCGAAGUCUUUCAGGCUGUCCACGAGCAAAGAAAAGUGGAAUCAGGAUAGCACAAAGCAAGGAAGACAAAGAAGACCAAGAGCCAAUUAGAUGUCCAGUUCCUGGCUGUGAUGGUCAGGGUCAUAUAACUGGAAAAUACGCAUCCCAUCGCAGUGCAUCAGGGUGUCCACUUGCUGCCAAAAGGCAAAAGGAUGGAUACCUAAAUGGCUCACAGUUCUCUUGGAAGUCAGUGAAGACGGAAGGAAUGUCAUGUCCAACACCAGGAUGUGAUGGCUCAGGACAUGUCAGUGGUAGUUUUCUUACUCAUCGUAGUUUAUCAGGAUGCCCCAGAGCUACUUCAGCAAUGAAGAAAGCAAAGCUGUCUGGAGAACAAAUGCUAACAAUAAAGCAGCGGGCCAGUAAUGGUAUAGAAAAUGAUGAAGAAAUUAAACAGUUAGAUGAAGAAAUCAAAGAAUUAAAUGAAUCCAACUCCCAGAUGGAAGCUGAUAUGAUUAAACUCAGAACUCAGAUUACCACAAUGGAGAGCAACCUGAAGACGAUAGAAGAGGAGAACAAAGUAAUUGAACAGCAAAAUGAGUCUCUUCUUCAUGAAUUGGCCAAUUUAAGCCAGUCUUUAAUUCAUAGUCUAGCUAAUAUCCAGCUGCCACAUAUGGAACCAAUCAAUGAACAAAAUUUUGAUGCUUACGUGACCACUUUGACGGACAUGUAUACAAAUCAAGAUCGUUAUCAGAGUCCAGAAAAUAAAGCCCUACUGGAAAAUAUAAAGCAGGCUGUGAGAGGAAUUCAGGUCUGA